UGUUAUUAUCAUUUGUAUUUCUUUAAUCCCCAGUUGAUCAUGUUACUUUAAUGAUGGUUUAAGGACAUUACUGUUUUGAUAGCGCAUUCAUAUAUUCAAAAAGGAAUUCAUAUAUUCCCUUUUCUGUUAUUCUUGACCCUUGAUUGGGUACAGCUGGAGAACUAUGUAAAAAAGAAUGUCAGAAUUUCCAAAAGAACAGCCAGAUUAGUAAGGUAUAUCAACUAUCACGAGUAACUGUGGAGGCUAAAACAAAAGCCUGUAAUCUUGUGUUUAUCUAAAGUGGCUUUUGAGAUUAUUUUCUUUAAAUUAAAUAAAAUCCAUACUUAGAAAUUCAGACUUGUGCUGAGCACACAAAGCACUUCACUCCCAUGUUGGCUUUGGGAUUAAGGUUCAGAGCUUCAGCUCCACCUGUUCCUGAAUGCAAAUUUAAUAAAAUCUUAUCACAAGAGUCCCAACAUCUACUAACAUCCCAGGCUGCUGACUUCACAGUAAGAGGGUGAAAUCAAAGUGAGCCGAUCCUCAUUCGUUCCCUCUCUAUUUUGGUUCUGACCAAGCUGCUAUUCUUCUACAAAUGGAUAAUGGAGACUGGGGCCAUAGGAUGACUACUCCUGUUACCUUGAACGUGGGAGGCCACCUAUACACCACCAGUUUAUCCACGCUGCAGCGCUAUCCAGACUCCAUGCUGGGAGCCAUGUUCCGAGGAGAUUUCCCUACAACUCGCGAUUCCCAAGGGAAUUACUUCAUCGACCGGGAUGGAACACUUUUCCGGUACAUCCUGAACUUCCUGCGGACAUCUGAGCUUACCCUUCCUGUGGACUUCACAGAGACGGACCUCCUGAGGAAAGAGGCGGACUUCUACCAGAUCGAACCUUUGAUCCAGUGCCUUAACGAUCCAAAGCCGCUGUACCCUCCUGACAUCUUUGAGCAGGUCGUGGAGCUCUCCAGCACUCGGAAACUGUCAAAGUACUCAAACCCUGUUGCUGUUAUCAUCACGCAGCUAACCAUAACUACUAAGGUUCAUGCCCUGCUAGAAGGCAUUUCUAACAACUUCACCAAGUGGAACAAACACAUGAUGGACACCAGAGACUGCCAAGUGUCAUUCACCUUCGGACCAUGUGACUAUCACCAAGAGGUGUCCCUAAGGGUUCACCUGAUGGACUACAUAAUGAAACAGGGCUUCACCAUUCGGAACACACGCGUGCAUCACAUGAGUGAGCGUGCCAAUGAGAACACGGUGGAGCAUCACUGGACUUUCUGCAGACCUGCUCAUAAAGUUGAAGACUGAGUUUACGUAGCACAGUUGUUGUAGGGGUCACUACUGCUGGAUUUGUCUUUUAUGUUACGCAAAACAUGAUUUUAAAAAAGGAAAAUCUAGAAAGCAAAAAUCAAAGAAGAUGUGAAUUUGGAUUUAUUCACCUGUUCGGGGCUACAACUUUACCUGUGCUACCCCUACACAAGUUUAUUAGAGUGCAAGGCGUACCAUAGAAACAUGGAAUUUUAUACAUAUAGGGACAUUGAAUCGUCCCUAUACUAAAAUAAUGUGGGUAAAUUAUUAUAGGAAUAACGGUGGCUUAAAAAAAAAAAAAAAAAAGUCUUUAGAAAUGAGGUCAUAAAGAAGGUAUGAUUUGAGUCUGCCUACGCUGAGUACUUUAAUAGUAAAAAAAAAUGCAUUCAUACAAAGUUAAGCCACAAUUUGUUAAAAAAAAAAAAAAAAAAAAAUAGAACUGUAGAAGGUAAUGUGGUCACAAUUUAAAAUUAUUAUUGACUCCAGACACAGCACUAAAUGUUUUUGUAAGAUGUCAGGAGUAUACUUUUUAUAAUACUAAUAAUAUGAAUAAUUACUUAGCUCAGUAGCUUCCUGGUCAGUUUCUAGUAGAUCUUGAAAUUAGUCUCUUAGGUCUAGCCCCUUGUAUGGUACUAUUUCUGAAGCCCCCAGUAGUUGUUGCAUGUGUCUGACUGUUUUGUGUAUGUAUAUUGUACAUAUCUCCUGUGUGCCGUUUAAAAUACACCAUACUGUUAUUGUUCAUAUCACCAGUAAUGUUUCCAGCCAUCGCAGCCAAAAUAAACCCAUCUGUGUAUUUCAGUUCAUUAAA